AUGUCUCUAUUAAGGAAGAAGGAAGGGCCGGAGAUUAUUUUAUAUCCUGAAGAAAAAUAUGUAUAUCACCAAUUAUUUCAAGUAGCUGAUGAAGGGAAAAAAGGUGUUAUUGAAGGAAAAUAUGCUGCAGAUUUUUUGAAGAAGUCAAAUUUAUCUUCAACUGCUUUGAGCGAAAUAUGGAAUUUAGCUGAUUAUGAGAAUCAAGGCGUUUUAACAACACAAACUUUUAUUAUUGCUGUUAAAUUAAUUGCUUUGGUUCAAAAUGGUCAAAAGCCUGACAUGAAUUUAUUAAAAACUAAGGUACCAUUACCACGUUUUGAGGGUAUUAACGUGGAAACGGGUUAUAUUAUUACUGAUGAUAUUCGUGAAAAUUAUAGAAAAAGUUUCUUAAGAUUGGAGCCUGAAAAUGGUCUUGUAGAUGGCAACAAAGCAAGAGAAAUUUUUUUGCGAUCUAAAUUAUCAUUAGAAACACUCCGUCAAAUUUGGAAAUUAGCCGACACAAAUAAUAGAGGAAAACUUGAUGUAAACGAAUUUAUCAUUGCAAUGCAUCUAAUAAAACAAUAUAUGAACAAAAAUAUUAAAGAAAUCCCACAAACUCUUCCAAAUGGAUUUUAUGAAAUGGUUGCUGGAAAUUCAUCAAGCCCUUUGAUCUCACCUGCUGCCAGAAGUUUUACAGAUGGGUUUAAUACAAAAUCUCCAUUUAUAGAGGAUUCAUGGGAUGUGACACCUGAAGAUAAAGCAAAUUAUGAUAAUUUUUUUGAGCGUAUUGAUGAGAAGAAACGUGGAUUUUUAACAGGAGAUGAGGCUGCAAAUUUUUUUAUGAAAUCAAAAUUGAACCAAGCUACAUUGGCAAUGAUAUGGGACCUUUCUGAUAUAGAUAAAACUGGACAUCUAAAUCAUGAAAAAUUUGCUGUUGCUAUGUAUUUGAUCCAAAAAAAGUUAAAAGGAUUUCCAUUGCCAACCAUUUUACCAACAAGUCUUAUUCCACCAUCAAUGCGUCACACUACCGAAAAUCUCUUUGAUUUAAAUGACCCUACAGACUUACAAAACAUUUUUCUUUCAGACAAAGCUGUUCCUAAAGGUAAAUUCAGUUCAAAUGAUGAAUUAAAAAUACAAAAAAACAAUCUAGAAUCAACUCUUGCUAAUUUAAUAAUACAAAAACAAGAAUUUAAAGAUCUUUUCUUACAAACACGUUCUUUGUAUGAAGCUGAAUUUAAGAUAGUAAAAGAGAUUCAAAUUCAAUAUCAAUUGGAAAAUGAGAAUCUUGAAAGAGCUAAAGGAGAACUUGCACAAGCUGAAAGAGCGUUAGCUGCUAUAAAAUUGGAGAAGGAACAAUUAAAAGAAAACACCCAAAAAGAUAAAGAUGAAAUAAAUGAAUUGAAAAAGAAAAUGAGAUUAGUUGAAGAAGAAACAGUAUCGAUUAAAGCCGAAAUUGAAAAAAUUCAGAAAGAAAAUAGACAACAAAAAGGUUUACUUGAAAUUAAUAAAAAGCAAUUAGCGACUGUCGAGGCUGAAAGAGAAAAAUCAUUAGAGACCUUAAAAAAUUUUGAAAAAAGUAGUAAUAAUUCACCUGAUAUCGAUAAUGUUUUUGUUUCUACACCAUCAACAAUAACGCCAACUCCAUCAAAUAAUAAUUCCUCCGAUAUUUUUCAAUCAAUAUUUAAUGAACCGGAAAAAGAAUCUGCAGAUUUUUCUAAUGAACAAAAUGAAAAUAUAUUUCAACAACCUCCCAUUGAAAAUGGCGCAACUUCAACUGUUGAUCCAUUUAAUUCUAAUAAUUUUAAAAAGCCAACAUCAGACAAAUCUGCUUUUGAUUCUGCAUUUGCGACACUUGAAGCUACAAAUAAGACUGACGAUGAUCCAUUCUUAACUGACACUUUUAAUUCCGAGAAAUUUCCAUCGUUAGAGGAACUUGAAGGCUUAACAUUUGCAUUCGAAAAUGAUUUUAAAUUCGAAAAUGAUUUUAAUUCAGAUAAAAAAGAAAAUAAUUUGUUUACUGAUCCAAAAGACGAAACGGUUGUUAAACAAACUGAAAAGUCAAACGCAACUGAAACUAAACCAAAUUCAUCAGAUGAAAAGGUUGCUUCGCCAUUUAUGAAUGAAGAUAAAGUUGAAAAUGCAUUUAAAAAUGAAUCAACUGAUUUAUUAAAAGAAUUAAUGAAACCUUCAACUAAUACCAAAGAUGCUCAUUCGUCAGAAGAUCUUGACUUUAUUUUUACUGAUAAUGGAUUUUCAUUUUUUGAUCCUUUAGCUUCAAACAAUAGUAAUAAAUCAAUAAAGCCAAACACUACAGUUUUAGAUGCUGCGUUCGGAGGCACUUUUGAGGAAGCAAAAGCUGAAAAUAAUCAUGAAUUUGAAGAUGCUUUUGGAGAUUUUUUGAAAGGAAAUGAAAUACAAAAAACACAAACAAAUUUAGAGAAGGUUAUAAAGGCACUUGAGGAUAGUGAUUAUGACCUUAACAAAGCAAUACAGAUUUUAUCACCUAAUAAUUAA